CUCAGCCGGGCUGGGUGCGGACUGCGGAAGCUCAAACUCCGUGCGGCCAUGUGGGGGGUCAUCUCGUACCUGAACAGCCCCGAGCUGGUGGCCGCUUUCCAGCAGUGCUGCGGCCUGGUUCCGAGAGAGUCGUGCUCGCAUGUUAGUCAGAACGGACUCGUUUACGCCAAUGGAUCCGGUAAGGACGGUCCGGUCACGAUCCACCGGCGCAGAGCGGAGCAGGUGGCGAACGGGACGUUACGCGCACAAGACAGUAACUCCAACUAUAAACCGGCCAGUUCACCGUGUGACACCAAAGGCGAAGAGCAUCCCAGGCCUCGAUAUGAGGUGAGGAACUGGCUCUUCUACUUCCUGUUUGUGACUUCGGCUACUCUGGGCCAUGAGGUCUUUUACAUCACCUUCCUGCCCUGCAUCCACUGGAACCUCGACCCGUUUCUGUGCAGGCGGCUCGUCAACGUGUGGGCUGUGGUGAUGUAUAUUGGACAAGUGAUGAAGGAUAUGUUAAAGCUGCCGCGUCCUCCGUCUCCCCCUGUGGUCAAACUGGAGAUGCGUGUGGACGCGGAGUACGGGAUGCCGUCCACACACGCCAUGGCAGCGACGGCCAUCUCAUUUACACUGCUUCUCAGUGCUCAGGAGAGAGUGAAGUUCCCGUUUGAACUGGGACUGAUUGUGGCCGUGGUUCUGUCUGCGCUGGUGUGUCUGAGUCGUCUUUAUACCGGCAUGCACUCUGCUCUGUCUGGCUGGUCUCCAUAA